AUGACUUUCGAGACCUUGCUUUCCAACGCAGAUGUACUAAUCGAUGGAUAUCGAUCAGGUGCGUUGGAACGCCUUGGUUAUGGUCCAUCAAGACUCCGUGAACUGGCCUUGAAGCGUGGCAAAGGCAUUGUCUACAUCUCCGAGAGCUGCUAUGGUCCUGGGCAGUUCUAUGAAAGACCCGGCUGGCAACCCAUCGCAGACUGCGUCAGCGGAGUAGCAUGGGCUCAAGGACGGUUUAUGGGAAUAAACGAACCCGUCGUGCCCCCAUUUCCAAUGUCUGACUACGGCACUGGUCUCAUGGGAGCUGUGACUGUGUUGACGGCACUGUACCAACGAGCUACGCAGGGAGGCUCCUUCCACAUCGAAGUUGCCUUGGUCAAGUAUAAUCAGCUUCUAUACCGGCUGGGCACGUAUCCGCUGCAUGUCCAGCAAGCAAUGAGGGACCGCUUUGCAGGGCCUUUCUUCGAGCUCACACACACAUCGCAUACGGAUGUCGUCUCCUGGACAGCCCUUGAGGCCAUGAAAAGGGAGACGCCGGAGCUGUUUAGUGAUGAUGAAAGCUUCACGGAGACUUGGUGGUCUGAUGCCUACCAAGCGAAAGUCAAGGUCGUGAAACAAGUCGCACAGAUCGAGGGCUUGGACACUGGGUACGCACGAGCAACUCGUCCGAACGGAACAGACACACCUAGCUGGGAGGGUUGGGAGGUGGAGCAUCCGUUAUAG